GCCGCUUCUACGAUUAUUUUUUCCGCUAGGAGGACGGCAAGGCGCUAGGGAUUGAGAAGAAAGAGUGGCCUGCGAGAGAUUAGGCGCGGCGAUGGUGGAUGCGCGAAAGGUCGUGGACUAGUCGGCGCGAGCUUGGAGAUCCACUCUAGCUGUAGGGUUUUGGGCCGGGCUGCUAGGGCUUUUCGACGCAAUCGUCGGCAAUUCCUCGCGGAAAUUCCAGCUUGCUCGUCGCGAUGGAGGAGGAUUUGGACUGCCCGCUGUGCAUGGAGGAGAUGGAUAUUACGGACCGGCACUUGAAGCCGUGCCACUGCGGCUACCAGAUUUGCGUGUGGUGCUGGCACCAGGUGAUGGAAAAUGCGGCCAAGGAGAACACCGAAGGGCGGUGCCCGGCAUGCCGAACGCCAUAUGACAAGGACAAGGUCGUCGGGACGCGGUUAAGCUGCUCCGAGCUCGAGUUUACAGCCAGCAAGAGGAAAUCGCACAAGGCCAAGUCGAAGACGCAGGAGGGAAGAAAGCAUCUAAGCAAUGUACGAGUAGUACAGCGUAAUCUCGUCUACAUUGUCGGCUUUCCGGUGAACUUCGCUGAUGAAGAGAUGCUGGAGAGGCGAGAUUUUUUUGGGCAGUAUGGCAAGAUUUUGAAGGUUGCGGUAUCUAGGCAGCAUUCGCAUAAUGGUCCCACUGCAAGCGUGUAUGUGACUUUUGUCAGAGAUGAUGAUGCAGUGAAAUGCAUAAAUGCUAUAGAUGGUUGCAUCUUUGAGGGAAAGUUGUUGAGAGCUUGUUUCGGGACUAACAAGUAUUGUAACUCGUGGCUAAAGAAUUUGCCGUGCAACAACCCGGAUUGUCUAUACUUGCAUGACGAGGGGCCCGACGAGGACAGCUAUACCAAGGAGGAGAUGAUUGCAAAUAAGAUCCAGUUUAAUGAUCUUACAAGGCCGCCUCAUCGGGCCGCCGGAGUCUUGCCGCCACCUGCGGAAGGGAGCUGCUCAGCUGCGAUGGGACAAAGUCAACAGACUCCGAACAAAGUUCCAGUUUCAAAGCCAGCUAGUUCUCCUGUGCCGAAGCUGACUAAUCUUCCUCCAGCUGCUGCAUGGGGUAUGCGAGACACACCAGCAAAGACCAUGAAAGCCGAACCUCAAACAGACUCCAGUCAAGAAAGCACCAGUCCUGUUCAUGCAUACCGAUCAUCUAUGGAUUCACAGCAUGAUGGGGACGCCUUUCAGGAGAAAGCAGCCAGUGAUAAUCCGGUUCAGUUGAACGUCGGCGAGAUGAGUAUCAGUCUUGGCUCCGAUCUUCCCAAUGGACAUGCACUAUGCUCCGAGAUUUUGAGCCCUCCUGGUGCCGAGAGCAACAUGAUCUCUGCGUUAGAAAGACUGGACCUUGGUGUUCAAGACACAGAAACUCCAAGGCCGAGCAGUUCUUCAAGCACUCUGGAUCCAAAGCUUGCGCGAGCGACGAGCAACGAACCUGCCGAAAGUAACAUCAUAGCUGACAUAUUGACCAUGGACUUCAGUGAGGACGGUGCGAGUCCAGGAGAUUUGACAAAGCUUUUCCUGACCGGGAGAUCUACACCGAAGCCGGCUGACGAUUUUCUGGAGUCUCCUCUUCCUUGGAAGCCUCAUGGGAAGCAGCAGUCACGCUUUUCUUUCGCUCGUCAGGAAGACAUAGGCUACGAACCGUCGACCAGCAAUCAACAUGCUCUUGAGAGUACGCUGGGUGGAUUUCCCUUGGAAGCACCGUUGCUCUCUAGAAGCCAGUCGAUAUCGUCUGCUGAUCCUGUGCAUACCUCUACGAUGAAGGCACGGUUAUUUGCACCGCCGGGAUUCUCUGGUACUUCGGUUCCUCCUCCGGGGUUCUCUCUCAGGAGCUCUAGCAGUAUGCCCCCCAGUCCUGCAGGUGGCCGACUCAACGAAUUCGAUCUCAUUGAUCCUGCGAUUAUGGCGGUUGGUCGAAGCCCUUUGCAGAACGAUAUCUCUAGGACGAUGCGGCUUCAACAUAAAGCAGGCAUUCGGCAGUUUUUCCCUCCUACAGACCAUGGCGACGUGGGUGCUUUGGCGAGGCAGUACGACAAUCCACUCUCUCCGUAUUCUCCAAGUUCUGCGAGGAACUACAGGGCCGUUUCGACAGUAGAUAAUAGCUGGGUAGGGGGUUACAGCGCUGAGGCCUUGGCGAAGUUCAAGAGAGGUGGCAUCGGAUUGGGUAGCACGGGAGUUCCGAACUCCAUGAGACCUGGCGAUGGCGACAGUAUCUUCUCCUCGAACAGAAACCAAGCCUUCGAUCACUACAUGAGCGAGCAGUCUUUCCAGGCCGAUAUUCAGGGGGCAUUUGUAUAGCACGGACGAUUUCUUCACAGCAUUCGCGCGCACGGGAGGAGAAAAUCUUUCUUCACGUAGGCAUUGUGUCGACUUAGAAUAAAGAACUUGAAGCUGGUGGGAAAGGACGUGCGCGAAAAGAUUCACGUCAAGGAGAGGCCCAGGCUGUUGCGCGAGUGUGAAUAACCGAGAGCUUGACAAUGUAGGCACCUCUUUUUUUUUUUCCUUCACAUUUCGUUCUGCGAAUUACAAUUUUUUGGACUGAUGGCAGCAGGGAAAUGUGGCUGUCUGUUCAUAUGUAUAAAAGAGAGAUUUUUGUUUCAACCCGAUCGGUACCAAGCGUCUGCGGUAAGUGAAACGGGAGGACGGGAUACCACACUGGAAGGGGAUUUUGUCGAUGGCUGGCCAGUUGGGGAUCAUCUGGGGGCUUUGGCCGUACAGAAGCGAUGAGGCGAGCUGGCUCCAGCGGACGUGCUUGGAAGUGGUGCAAGCGCAGGCGUCGUCGUGGGUGAGAGCUCGGAGCGCGCUGCAGCAUUCUGGCGAUGGCGGUGGAGGCAGGAUGUCGAAGGCCGAGACGAGGCAGGGCUGGAACUCCUCCCGGACUUGGUCGCACAGAUUGGGUGACGAGAAACAAGAGCAGCAGCAGUGGAGAUAGCAGCAGCACAGCAGCCAGAAGAAGCGCUGGGGGAUUGUCAUCUUGGUCGCGAGAGCAACACGAGGGAGAACUUGGCGUGGAGCGAGAGGUUUUGAAGAUCGCGCUAGAAGUCUCGGACAUAGUAUGAGCAACCUACUUGGAAUUCAUACUUUUUCAAAGAUUGAAAGAUCUACCACCUUUAUCGAAUAUUUUAGACCUUUGUCGAA